ACACGAACGAUGAUGAGAUGCUGCUGGCAAUUGACGCUCGGCGUCCUUCUGCUGCUUGGCCUGAUGUCGUGGCAUGGAGUUAGAGGCGAGGUCUACACGGCGUUGGCGGAGAUGGAGGAACUACUUGAGACUGAAUCCGUAUUAAUAAGCAAUCUAGAGGGUUACAUACGAGUGCAGGAGGACAAGCUCAGCUAUCUCAAGAACAAAAUGGACGAAUACCAAAGAGAGCAUGCGGAUGCAUCCAGUGAUAUUACCGCCUACGUUUCGAAUCCCAUCAAUGCGUAUCUGUUGACCAAACGACUGACCACCGACUGGCGUCAAGUGGAGAAUCUGAUGGAGCAUGAUGUGGGCACUGAUUUUGUGCAAAAUCUCACACAAUAUCGCAAUGUGCUGAAAUUCCCAUCGGACGAGGAUCUCAAUGGGGCAGCUGUGGCUUUGCUGCGACUUCAGGACACCUAUCAACUGGACACAUCGAGUGUGGCACGUGGCAAGCUCAAUGGCAUACAGUACAGCACCGCAAUGUCAUCGGAUGAUUGCUUUGAGCUGGGACGACAGUCUUACGUUAAUCGAGACUAUUACCAUACGGUCUUGUGGAUGAACGAAGCAAUGGCCCGAAUGCUGGAGGAACCACACAAUCAGACGCAAAGCUUUACGCGUGCCGAUUUACUCGAAUACCUCGCCUUCUCCACCUACAAGCAGGGCAACGUGGAGAGCGCACUGACCAUGACAAAUGAGCUGCUGCAACUGCUGCCAAACCAUGAGCGUGCGAAUGGCAACAAGAAGUUCUACGAAAAGGAAAUUGCCCACCUGAAGGAGCUGCGCAAAAUGAAGGGCGACGACGGCACCGAUGAAAUGCCCAUUUCCGACUUGCCUGUGGCCAAGAGUGAUCCUGGCGUAUUCGAUAUGACCGAACGCAAGGCCUACGAAAUGCUUUGCCGUGGAGAAUUGAAACCUUCGCCAGCUGAGCUGCGUCCACUGCGCUGCCGUUAUGUGACAAACAAUGUGCCCUUUUUGCGGAUUGCACCACUCAAGCUGGAAGAGGCCCACAAGGAUCCCUACAUUGUGAUCUAUCACGACGCGAUGUACGACAGCGAAAUUGAGAUUAUUAAGCGCAUGGCGCGUCCUCGCUUCCGCCGUGCCACAGUGCAAAACUCUGUGACUGGAGCGCUGGAAACAGCGAACUAUCGCAUCAGCAAAUCCGCUUGGUUGAAGACCGCCGAGCAUCGUGUCAUUAGCACAGUUGUGCAGCGUACUGCCGACAUGACGGGCCUCGAUAUGGACUCCGCGGAGGAACUGCAAGUAGUCAAUUACGGUAUUGGCGGUCACUACGAGCCACACUUUGACUUUGCGCGGCGAGAGGAGAAACGUGCCUUCGAGGGUCUCAAUCUAGGCAAUCGCAUUGCCACCAUGUUGUUCUAUAUGACCGACGUGGAGCAGGGAGGCGCCACAGUUUUCACCUCACUGCAUGCUGCACUGUGGCCCAAAAAGGGCACGGCAGCAUAUUGGAUGAAUCUGCAUCGCUCAGGCGAGGGAGACGUGAGAACGCGACAUGCUGCAUGUCCAGUGCUAACAGGCUCCAAAUGGGUGUCCAACAAGUGGAUACAUGAGCGUGGUCAGGAGUUUAGAAGACCCUGCGAUCUGACUGCGGAUCAUGGUGAUUUCGCCAUCUAGAGAGGAAUGCUCAAGCUGUCGCUUUAUCUCAACUGCCAGCUGCCCCACGUGCUUACUUACACCUACUCUACUUACAUACCUUUAUCUAUAUGCUCCAGCCAGCCGGAAAUCGGUUUCUAUUCCUAUUGUACAUACAGCAUCUACACCUAUAACAUACACACCUAAAAUGGAGGCCCGGCUGUUGCAACACAAAAAACGAACAAAACACACAAAUACUGUUUUUUUUUCUCAACUAACUGUCAACAGUUUUUGACAUUAGUUUCAUCAUAGGCAUGCUACUAUUAUUGAAUUUAUCAAAACAUUUUUGUAUAUUGAUAGUUUUAAUCUCUAGACGAAGAAAACAAGAACAACAAACAAUCUCAUUUAAAACGAACUUACUGAUAUA